UUGUGGUCAGUUUGAUGAACAGGAUAAGGAACUUAAGACACACCCCGCCUCAUUGCAUUAAAAGCACCCUGACUGGAGCACAGCUCAGUUGCGGAUAUUGCAGAGUAACAGCAACACGCACCAUGAAGAACUUCACUUUGAUAGCAGCUUUGAGUCUCUGCAGCAUUAGUUGGAUCUCUGCCUCAGUCUCUCAGUAUCAAACUGUGGAGGCUCAGCCUGGUGAAGAAGUCACACUGCAGUGCAACAACAUUUCAAAAUAUGAUACUCAAACAUUCUGGUUCAGAUUGAUCAACAGAACCAAGAUCAGCUGCGUUGUUGUUAUCUAUAGAAAUGGAGGCAAAGUUACAGUCUGUGAUGGAUAUGAAGAAGGGAAAUUUGAAAUGAAAUCCAACAACUCCACUGUCUUUCUCAACAUCAAAAAAGUGGAUUCAUCUGACUCUGGACUAUACUACUGUGGAUUUAUGAUAAGCGGCACUCCAAUUUUGACCGCCAUACAUUUAAAAGUUAAUGGCAGCGAUGAGCCACAUGAUGAUGACAGGGAGGGUAAAGGAGAGUUUGACGGAAUAGCAAUGCUGACAAGUGUGAUCCUGGGUGCUCUGACUGUUGUCCUUGUACUGGUCAUCUUUGGUCUGGUUGUUGAAAACAGUAAACUUCAGACAGCUGUUAAGGAAGACCAGAAUACAGAGAGAAGAGGAGAGAAUCUGAUCUCUGAUCAGCUGAAGGAUGCAGCCCUGAGUUUUACCCAACAUCAGUAAGAAGCAGGAGGCCUGCAUCAGAGAGAGAAGUGGAGACUCGAGUCAUUUAUACUGCCAGCAGACAGACUCAGAGGGGUUCAGAAUUCAACUGAUGCUUUUAUCAUGUUAAAACUGCUGUUGUGUUCUUUGUUGGGUGGGAGGAGUGAACAUUUUAUUAUUGCAAAAACUUCAAAUAACCAAAUGACUAAAUAGCUGACUUUUCAAGUGCUUUUACUAUCAUGUCCUCCUGGUUUUGUCUGACCUUGUGACUGUCCAGAUGGACUAUUGUUAGAUAGAGGGAUACAGCAGCGGAGGAGUGAGUGAGGCUCACCUCACUUGCUUGACAGGAAGAGGCUGCACAGUGUGGUCUGAGGGGAAAAACCAUGAGGUCUGUUAGAUCAACACGUUGUGGGAAUGAUGUCUGAACUAUAGCAGUUACUGUUUUUGAAAGAUUAGGGUUAGGGUUAACAUCAAUGUGGAGACAUUUCAACUGUCACAUGCUUGAAUUGAAAAAUAAAAUCUAUUUUUAAAAGA